CAGCCAGUCAGUUUCACUUGUAGAAAUGUAAUGAAGAUCCCCUCCUCAUCUGUUGUACUACUGUCUCUCCGUACUGGCAGAAUGAUGAACUUUGCUGUACUGAUUCUCAUCCUGACAACUGGAGCUGCCUUUGGAGAGGUGGAGAUUCCAUUGGACAUGGCAGAGAACUCUGUUGAUAAUCAGUACCAGGACUCCACAACAAAUAUGUCAGACAUAAACACGUAUCUAGAACAGGAACGGAAGAGGUCAGACUUAGGAGCAGCUUGGCGUAAAGGACAUGAGUGGUGCUCCGAUAAGAAGAAAGAAGAUGAUUUGGGAGGAAUUAAUUACUGCAUUGCCUUGUACGUGUAUUCUCUUAAUACAUCGAUAAAUGAAGAUUUCAAUAAUGCCACUCGUGGUGGGAAAACACAAUACACAGGAAAGACAUAUGAGUGGUAUUCUCUUCACUUUUUUUUAACGCAUGCAGUACAAGAUCUGAAGAAAAUAGAGAAGAAAAAUGGAAUUGAAAGCAAAGUAGUGUAUCGUGGUACAACGGAUCAAUUUGAUGUUAAGAACAAAGAGAUUCGAUUUGGCUCAUUCAUAUCCUCUUCCCUUGAAUACGAUGUGGCAAAAAAAAAUGGGAAACUCUCGUGUUUCGAAAUCGAAACAUGCCUUGGUGCCAAUAUCGCAAAUUAUUCCGCCAACCCAGAUCAGAAAGAGGUACUGAUUCCUCCAUAUGAGAUAUUUAAAGUAACUAAAGUCUCAAGAAAUGAUUCUGGGUGUGGCACUGUGUAUGAGCUGAAAAGCACAAGGGUCAAUAGUAACCUGAAAUGUGCAGACGUGUCCAAUCAGGCUUCAGGCAAAUCUCUGAUUUAUCACACAUACGUGUGGCCAAUCAUGAUUUUCAUGUUUUCUUACUCUGAAACACUAUGGUGA